AACCGCAAAGGUGGUGCAAUACUGCUGAGUGACAAGGAGUUGGUCAAGAAAAAGAGAGGUGCCCUAGAUUUUUGUUCUUCCGAGGGAGUCAUUGCUGUGAAGUGGUACGACAGUAAGUGUGUCAACUUGCUUAACAAUGCAUGUGGGGUAGAGCCGCUGUUUUCAGUGAAAAGAUUCUCAAAGGAUGCACGACAGGAGGUUGACAUGCCAUGCCCGUCCAUUAUCCUGGCCUACAAUCAAGCCAUGGAGGGCAUCGACCUCUCAGAUAUGCUGGUGCACCUCUACAAAACACCAAUGAAGUCAAUGCGCUGGUACAUUCCCUUGUUUGGGUACAUCAUUGAUGUGAGCAUUGCUAAUGCAUGGCUUAUCUACAAGAGGGACUGCAACCUUCUCAAGGAGAAGCCAAUGCCUCUCAAGAAGUUUAGUCUCUCCGUCGCAGCUGCACUCAAGAAAGCCAACAAGUUGCCAGCCAGGGCUGGCCAGUCCGUCACCCUAAGUCCUGAGUUCUCCAGCCCACCAAGCAGGUCCGCUAUGACGGCAUCGGACACUGGCCAACAUUUGGCAGUCAGAGAGGGAGGUGCGACUUCUGCAAAGGUGGAGUGUCGCGAUGGCGGUGUUCCAGGUGUGGAGAUGGCAAGUUGUUCCUUUGUUUGAACAACAAAAAGCAGUUCUUU